AGUGGGCACUACAAACAUAUUUGCAUUCAAGUUAAAAGAUGACGCACAUAGAUACUGUGUAUUAGGCGAAAUGUCUGAUUUAUUUUCUGUAUAAAACCACUGUGUGCCUGCGAAGCACAUGACUUGGAUUAUGUAUUUAAUGGAAUACUGUUGUUCUUUGUCUGCUCCUGUUGUGUGGUAUUAGUGUGCUACACAAUAUGAGCCAAGGUAAAAUGACACUAGUAAUAUGAUGAAAACACAAGGGGUUUCUGUCCCAUGUAAAGAAUAUUAUACAUUGUUGAUUUUAUUACUAUCUAUUUUUAUGGUGGUCCCUCAUUUCACUGAGGGCUGUUGUAAUGAAGGUUUUUCAACACAACAAUGUUAAAAUGAAAUAUUUCGACAGUCAUGUAAGAAGUGUGUACAUCAAUAAAAUGGGGAAUUCAAUAAAUUUGUAUAAAGAUUAACUAUUUUCCAAAUGGUCAUAUACCACCCCAUCCAUUUCCUUAGUGAACAUCAGAAGAUUAGGUCUAUGUUUGUGCUGAAUCCAUAACUUAGACUGAUUCUAUGCCACAUUAUUUUACCGUUUUCCUCCUGUUUUUUGACGUGGUGGCUUAUUCACAUCCCUUUAAUGCCAAUUACUGUGCUGUAGAGUAUGUAUACUUGCAUUGUUAAUUAAGUUCUACCUUUUUCCAAAUAUCAGAUGUAUGUUUGUCUGUGUAGUGUACUUUUAUUCAUUUACCAGGUGGUUUCCUCAAAAGCAUCAUACAUCUCAUAUAUAGAGGCCAUGGCACAGUAAGAUAUUGUACUUCUGAAGAUUAUGUAUAGCCUGAAUGUUUCCUUACCCCAUUUAAUUGCACUCAUCCCAUGACAUUCAGUCUCCUGAUGUCCAGUUUUUCAUGUGUGCCAUCUGUUAUUGAUAUAUUAUUGAAAGCUGCCCCGAAAGAGACUGAGAUACACUGGGGUACCUACCUACACUUGCUUGUGGCCCGGCAUUCUGCUGCUUCACUUGCAUGUCCACCUCUCCACGUUUCCAUCGUCUUGUAUGUCAUCGUGGUUUCAUUAUGUAAUUGUUCACUUAUUUUAGUGGUGUAUUUUUGAAAAAAGGUCGGAAAGGAAAACGGCUGCGGUGCGCCUCGAAAGGUUGGAAGUAUUAAAGCAGAGCAGGGUGAAAGAUGUUUUUCUUCUGUUAGGUUUGUCUAAAAGCACAGUGCAAACUAUUGAGAGAGAUCAAAUACCAGCGAGAGCUGAAAAUGUCACCUCUCAUCAGUCUCUACCUCCCACUCCUCUGCCUAAUGCCAUCACCUUUUUUGCCUGAAGCCAGUACAUGCAUGCUAUCAUGAUCCACUCCGGCGAUUCGGACCCGCGGCUCCCCGCACCUUCCCGCACGUGGCCAUGGCUCAGCGGCUCAAACGGAGCGUAUGCAGCAGCGAGGAGGAUGAAGAGUUGAACGAGCGUGACAGCGGAGGACCCACCACCAAGUGCGCGAGACACAGCGUGGGCAAGAGCCGCUGGACCCGUGAAGAAGAUGAGAAGUUGAAGAAACUUAUUGAACAUCAUGGGUCUGAAGACUGGAAACUUAUUGCAAGUUUCCUACCUAAGCACACCGAUGUUCAGUGCCACCACCGUUGGCAGAAGGUGUUGAACCCAGAACUCGUCAAGGGGCCGUGGACCAAAGAAGAAGAUCAGAAGGUCAUCGAGCUUGUCCAGAAGUAUGGCCCCAAGCGCUGGUCCAUCAUAGCCAAGUACCUGAAAGGCCGGAUCGGGAAGCAGUGUCGGGAACGCUGGCACAACCACCUGAAUCCCGAGGUGAAGAAAACCUCCUGGACUGAGAAGGAGGACCAGAUCAUUUAUCAGGCUCACAAAAAACUGGGAAACAGAUGGGCGGAGAUUGCGAAACUGCUUCCUGGAAGGACAGAUAAUGCCAUCAAGAACCACUGGAAUUCAACGAUGCGACGGAAGGUGGAGCAGGAAGGCUACUUGCAGCACUGUGCCAAGAAGGAGCACCUGCAGAAAGCUGUGAACUACACCGGGGGCAACCACGUGCUCGGUUUCGUUGGCACUCCUCCGCCUCUGAAGGUCCUGACCCAGUGCCCCAACGACAGAGACUACCCGCUGUACCACAGGACCAAACGGGUCCCCUUACCUGCCACCCCAUAUGUCAAUGCGGUGAAUGCUCCACAACCGGGAACAGCUGCUAUACAGAGACACUAUGAUGAUGAGGACCCUGACAAGGAGAAGCGGGUGAAGGAGAUCGAACUCCUGCUGAUGUCCACUGAGAACGAGCUACGGAGGCAGCAGACUCUGCCGAGACAGGUGAACAGCUACCCGGGAUGGAACAGGGCUGCCGUACCAAAUGAUGUGAGAAUCAGCGGAGAAGGUGUGGCAGUCCCUUUCCUCGGGUUCUUCCAUCAUCAGGAGGCAUCUCCUUCACCUCUGGACCCGGGGAGUCUCCCAGAGGAGAGCGCCUCUUCCGUUCGGAGCGCGGAUCCUGCCCACGGCAACGGACGCACCAACUCCCAGUCUCCCUCGACCAAGUACAUGGAUUCGGUCUUUGACUCUAUUUUCGUUACAAUGAGAAGCCAGGUGGAUGCAACAGACGUGGACUGUUCCAGCAAGCACGUGUCCCCAGCAUUGUCUGCCUUGUGUCAUGUACAGCAUCCCCAAGUGUCUCAGAUGGAGAUCUCUCCUCCGCUUUGCCUUCCUGCCACACCUGGAUUAGCUUCUGCGGACAUCAAAUACAGACCCAUAAAUAUUCCAAUGACGCUCACAGAUGCACAUCUGGAACAAAACCUCAUUAAACAGGAGCCUGAUGGGAAUGAUGUGUCAAAAGGUGUUCACCAGCAAACAGAUGACCUUCCUCUCCAGAAAACAAUCAAACAAGCUCUGCACACAGGAAGCAGUGUUGUGUGAACGGACUGACUGGCAGUCACUGAUCCCGGAUCAGCCGUCGAAGUACACUACCUCUGCCCAUCUACGUUAGUCAAGUAAAGUGUUGAAGCUAAGCAUUACCGAACGUUCAACAUUUUUGUUCAUUUUCAAUACAGCUUUACAUCAGACCAAAUAACGGUUUAAGUAUUGUCAAAGAUGUAUGAA